GAUCUCAGCGACGGGUCUUUUCUCUCUCUUCCUGAGAUCAUAAACGCUUUUUUAGCGACAGGAUGGAGGCCGCCGGGGAGGACGAACCGGAGCCCAUAAGGCUGAAGUCCGUUAAAGACAAUAAAACCUUCACGGUGCCUCAGAAUGACCGGUUUGGGAGCUGCCGCAGCGUCCGAGAGUUCGAGAAGCUGAACCGGAUCGGCGAGGGGACGUACGGCAUCGUGUACCGAGCUCGAGACACCAAGUCCGAGGAGAUCGUGGCUCUGAAGAAAGUCCGCAUGGACAAAGAGAAAGACGGGAUCCCCAUCAGCAGCCUGCGGGAGAUCACCCUGCUGCUCAGACUCAGACACCCCAACAUCGUGGAGCUGAAGGAGGUGGUGGUGGGAAGCCACCUGGAGAGCCUGUUCCUGGUGAUGAGUUACUGUGAGCAGGAUCUGGCCAGCCUGCUGGAGAACAUGGACACGCCGUUCUCCGAGGCUCAGGUGAAGUGCAUCGUCCUCCAGCUGCUCCGAGGUUUGGAGUAUCUUCACCACAACUUCAUGAUUCACAGGGACCUGAAGGUGUCUAAUCUGCUGAUGACAGACAAAGGCUGCGUGAAGAUCGCCGAUUUCGGCCUCGCUCGGAUGUACGGGAUCCCUCAGCAGCCGAUGACGCCCCGCGUGGUCACGCUGUGGUACAGAGCUCCAGAGCUCCUCCUCGGCACCAAGAGCCAGACGACAGCUCUAGACAUGUGGGCGGUGGGCUGCAUCCUGGCCGAGCUGCUGGCCCACAAGCCUCUGCUGCCGGGGACGUCGGAGAUCCAGCAGGUCGACCUGAUCGUCCAGCUGCUGGGGACGCCCAACGAGAACAUCUGGCCGGGUUUCUCUCAGCUGCCUCUCAUCGGUCAGUACAAUCUGAGGAAGCAGCCGUACAACAACCUGAAGAACAAAUUCAACUGGCUGUCUGAUGCUGGACACAGACUGCUCAACCUGCUGCUCAUGUACGACCCUCAGCGCAGAGCGACGGCCAAAGACAGCCUGGAGAGUUCGUACUUUAAGGAGAAACCUCUGCCCUGUGAGCCUGAGCUCAUGCCCACGUUUCCUCACCACCGCAACAGACGAGCCGCUCCCAAUCCGGCCGACAGCCGGGCGGCCAAGAGGAGCCGAGUGUGACGACGGCGUCCGUGAUGGCGAGCGCCCGGUCCUGGAAAAGUGCACGGCGGCAGCAGAGUGUACAGUCCUUCAGUCGGCUCGGAGCGGAGGAUGAAGAGUUCGUGUAGUGAACUGAAGGAGGAGGAAGAGGAGGAGGAUGCAGUGACUCUUCUGGAGGGGGGCG